GCCCCCUCCGCCGCCGUCUCCACCCCCCGCUUCCCCCGAUCAUCUCUCUCCCUCUCGCACGCCGUCUCUCUUCCCUCGCGCCGCCGCUUCAACAGCAACGCGCGCGCGCCUCUCGCCAAGGAAACCACCGAUGGAGACGCCGCUGUCCAACAGGAGGAUCACCCGCUCGCUCGCCGCCGCAUCAGCCCAGAAGGGCGCCGCCGCCGCGGCGGACUCCACGGCCCUGUCCUCCCGGGCCAAGAACGCCGCCGCGGGGGAGCCGCAGGCGCGCGCCGCGCUGCACGACAUCUCCAACGACUCCCCCAUCGUCGGCCUCGCCCCGGGCGGCCUGCACGGCUCCGACAAGACUCCCGCCUCCACCGCCGCCAAGACCCGCCGCAGGGCCCCGCGCCGCACGCCCGGCUCCGGGGAGGCGCUCCUGCGCGGCCAGGUCCAGGCGCUCCUGCACAAGGUCGAGGAGGAGCAGGGAUGCGCCCCCGCGGCUCUCGUCAGGCCAGCGCGCAUCCAGGCGCUUCUUGCGGUCUCCAGGUCGCCGGCCCAGCUCCUCGCGCCCACGCCGGCCAACACGCCGCAGAUCGGGCCCGUCUCCGAUGCCAUGGAAGGCCUCCUGAUGCCUGAUGUCCCCGUGGUGCCCUGCGUACUCGAGGAGGAGGAACUACUGCUUCCUAAGCUGCAGGUAAUGGCUGCUUCCCUGCCGCUCCCUCAGCCAAAGGAGAACCUCGGCGAGUGCCAACUGAACCGUGCGCUGGUGUUCGAUGAUUCGCCUGAGAAGUCCGACGUGUCCAAUGGGUCGGCUGUCUCGUUCCAGGUGAGCAGCACCGGCAGCUGCACAGACAAGUCGUCAUCAUCAUCACCUGAGGACGACAGCUCCUCGGCCUGGUCAGUUCUGGUCCACGCCAGCUCUGAGAAGGGCGACGAAGAAGAGCUCGGCGUGGAGGAGGACCUGGGAGAGUACACUGAAGAAGGGGAGGACCUGGGAGAGUACACUGAAGAAGGGGAGGACCUGGGAGAGUACACUGAAGAAGGGAAGGAGUGGGAAGAAAAUAGCGACGACGACUGCUUCGAUGACCUGUGCGAGGAGAUGAGCAGGAUGACCGUGGUCGACGAAGAGGAGAGGAAGGCAGGGCUGCCACAGUUCGAGGGGAAGCACACCCGGUUCAUCUACAACAGCGACGACGAGAUCGAGCGGGAAGAGGUGGUGGACGCAGCUGAGGCGAGGGCGGAGCUCGGCGCGCUGAUACUCAGGGGCCUGCCGGUGCCGGAGGGCAAGCACCUGCGCUUCCACGAGGACGAUGAUGAUGAUGAGUGAAGCAUGUCAGUCGUGGUCGGAUUCGGGCAUCUGCAGUGGUUGUCGUUCCCUGACACCAGCCAAACAUUCUUUUGGGGUCUCUGUUUCUACAUUCUGAUUCUGUAUUUUGAUUCGUGUCUCGGUUCUUCGGAGAACACAAAUUAUAUCCCCAGUUAUACUGAAUAAAUCUGCUAUGUGGCAUUCGUGCACGGUGCAUGAGAA